ACACCUGAGAGCACUUCUGGUUCAUGCCCUAUACACCCCUGCAAAUCUACCCCGUCUGAAAUGGGGCAAGGCAGCUACUUCGACUCCAUCGUUAAAAUGCAGCAAGUCGCAGCUCGCGGGGAAGACCCGCCUCGCCUUGGACAGCGGCAGGCACGGGGUGCCACAUGGAGGGAGGCUGCCCGAAGUCACUGUCGGCCAGUCCAGGCUGCAAAAUGUGCGCGGCGGCUGAGGGAGGCUUCCUCCAGCCACGUGCGCGGUGACAAUCACACGUGCAGCGGGAAGGCAGUGCACACCCGGAGCUCCCCGCCUCCCGAAGCUUCCCCCGCAGGUGCAGGUAGACGGGACUAUCCUUUUGGCAACGGUGUCAGAGCCUCCGCUGGGGUCCCAUGCCACCGCCCUCGGCGUCCAGGUCCCCAGAAGUCGGGGCACCGCCCACCCUUCCAGCGUGACGCGGGCGCGGGGGCUCGGGAGUUGUAGUUCCCGGCUGGGCGCGAGCGCCAGGGCUAGGGCGGCGCGGACUCCACGUCCCGGCGGGCGGCGCGGCUCGGUCCGGGGCGCCGGGGGAGGGGCUGCUCGGCCCUUUAAACCAUUCAGGGCAGCUCCGAGGGCCGCAGCCGGGGACGGCGCCACGCGGGGGCCGAGCAGACGCGGUGGCGGCGGCGGUGGGGCGCUCCGGGGAGGCCCGGGCAGCUGAUGGUUUUGGCGAAGUACCUUAAGGUAGCUGGGUCCACACCCUCUUCCCCACCUACCUCUUGUCCUCCCCCCACACCACCACCACCCUGGCUCCCCUCCCUCAUGACCGCCUGGAUCCUCCUUCCUGUCAGCCUGUCAGCAUUCUCCAUCACUGGCCUAUGGACUGUGUAUGCCAUGGCCGUGAUGAACCACCACGUGUGCCCCGUGGAGAACUGGUAUGGCGCACUCUGCAGACAGCCUCACUCUAAAGCUCCCUUCAUCUCUGUUCCCUCUGGGGCCGGGGCUGCCUCGAGCCAGAUGGAGACACUGGGCCUCACUGCUCUUCUCUGACAUUGGCAGCGCCUGCCCCUCCCCAGGCAUGGCUUCGUGCCCACCUACCUGCUUCCCACUGUCAUUCGCCCCUUUGGCUUCUGUCUCAGGGGGGCCCUGGGAAGUGGGCUCUUCUGCCCCUGCCAAGGGAGGUCUGGGAGGGUGGUCUCCGAGAGGCCUGAGGCUACAGGCCGAGGGCCUGGGGGAACCCCUUUCCCCCAGGCUACUCUCUGUCCUGCCUGCCAGGUCCUACAACGAAUCCUGCUCUCCUGACCCCACUGAGCAAGGGGGCCCCAAGACCUGCUGCACCCUGGACGAUGUCCCCCUCAUCAGCAAGUGCGGCACAUACCCCCCAGAGAGCUGCCUCUUCAGCCUCAUUGGCAACGUGGGUGCUUUCAUGGUGGCCCUGAUCUGCCUCCUGCGCUACGGGCAGCUCCUGGAGCAGAGCCGUCAUUCCUGGGUCAACACCACGACGCUCAUCACAGGCUGCACCAACGCUGCGGGCCUGGUGGUGGUGGGCAACUUCCAGGUGGAUCACGCUAAGUCUCUGCACUACGUCGGAACCGGCGUGGCCUUCACUGCCGGGCUGCUCUUUGUCUGCCUGCACUGUGCCCUCUCCUACCACGGGGCCGCUGCCCCCCACGACCUGGCUGUGGCCUACCUGCGGAUCGUGCUGGCAGCCAUCGCCUUUGUCUCUCUGAUCCUCAGCGGGGUCUUCUUCAUCCACGAGAGCUCUCAGCUGCAGCACGGGGCAGCCCUAUGCGAGUGGGUGUUUGUCAUCGACAUCCUCAUCUUCUACGGCACCUUCAGCUAUGAGUUCGGGGCAGUCUCCUCGGAGACACUGGUGGCCACACUGCAGCCCGCCCCCGGCCGGGCCUGCAAGUCGUCCGGAAGCAGCAGCACCUCCACACACCUCAACUGUGCCCCUGAGAGCGUCGCCAUGAUCUGAGGUCUGGGGAGGGUGGCUGGCCCGGCCUCCGCAGCUCCCCACCCCGUUAUCUCCUUCGCAUUUAUUUUGUACCAAAAAACGAUUUUGAGAAAGUAUUCUGUUGGGACAGAGGCUUCCUCGCUCCUGGAGGAGUGGCCAUCCCACACCCACCUGUGCCAUACAGGAGCAGGCCCUGGCGGCUGCCCAAGCUGCGCACAGCCUGCUCCCCACACCGCAGUGUUAUUUUUAUGUUUUAAAGGUCACGUAUCCUCAUUCACCCAGCCAGCCCUUCAGGUGCCUUCUACUCCCCCAGUGCCACUGGGGUUUCCUGCUGCAGGAAUUGGGGGCUGGGAACAGCAAGAGGGACAGCAGUCUGGGGGCGGGGGUGAGCACUCCUUAGUCUGUGGGAAGGCCCACUUCUGGGCCCACUGAGCUGCACUGGGAUUCUUCACUCUGUCCCUUUCUUUAGGGCAAAUAACACAGCAGAACCACGUGGGUAUUUUAGUACUUUUUUUAAUAUAUAUAUCUAUUAAAAGAAUUCUAAUUUGCA